UUUUCUCUCUUGGUUCUUCUCUCUAUUUGGAUCUCACUGGAUCCUGUGCACCUUCGAAGGUUCCCCACUACACGUCAAACUUUUUAAUAAGAAGGGAAGACAUUCACCUCGGCAUAACCACCACAAAAGUUAACUCCCUGUUCAAGGUAGGUAUCCACAGGUAUCCAUUCCCCACCGAUACGAGUUGAGUGGCGUAGCCACAACUGGCAUCAGCUUGUAUCGCUUCAAUUCUCUUUUCACUUCUCUUCAGUUUUCAUUGGUUUUACUCCAACUUUAUUAUCAGAGACUAUUUUUAAUUAGAAAACUCUCCAGUGAAAUUAUUUAAUAUGAAUUUAUAAAAUAAAAUUAUCUACUAAAAUUCAGAAUACUAAUAAAAUAAAAAGAAUAAAAUCUUCAAAAUGACAAUACAUGAGUGCACGUUAGAUGUUUCAAAUGUCUAUCAUUCUACGUCAGUUCUUUUGGAAGGAGGAAGUUGUAUAUCAAAGUCUGAACCUACUGCAGUAUUAAGAGAUGUGUCUGCACGAGUUCAUGGAGGAGAAGUAUUAGCAGUACUUGGUUCUAAAGGAUCUGGAAAACGAGCUCUACUAGAUGUCAUUGCUGGAAGAGCAGUUGGAGAAACUAGAGGAAGAAUAACUUUAGGAGGAAGUCUGUUAACGAAUGAAUUAUUUCGACGUCAUGGUGGAUAUGUAUCUCACCGAUGUUAUUUAUUACCAAGUUUAACAGUUCGACAAACCUUGAAUUAUGCUACAUGGUUAGCUAAUCUGAAUAAUCGAGAAUUACGAGUACGUCAAACUCUUGCAGAUUUAGCUUUAUCUCAAGUAGCUAAUAGAUCAGUCAAUGAUUUAACGAAACCAGAAUAUCGGCGAUUGAUGUUGGGAGUUCAGUUGGCAAAAGAUCCAAUGCUUUUACUUCUUGAUGAACCCACUUGGGAUACAGAUCCUUUGAAUACUUAUUUAAUUGUUUCAAUGCUUUGGUCUUAUGCUACACGACGUGGAUCUAUUGUUGUAUUAACGAUGGAAACACCAAGAUCUGAUGUAUUGCCUUUUGUCAGCAGAGUAACACUUCUAUGUCUUGGAGCAGUUGUUUAUUCAGGACCAACUAGAAGUAUGUUAGAUUACUUCACUUAUAUUGGAUUUCCUUGUCCUGAAUUGGAGAAUCCUUUAAUGUAUUACUUGUGCCUUUCGACAGUUGAUCGACGAUCUAGAGAACGAUUUUUGGAGUCAAACCAACAAAUAUCAAAUCUUGUUGAAAAAUUUAAAAUUGAAGGUGGGUUAUAUAUGAAAGAAGCACCUCAAGGUCCUUCUAGCGUUAAAGAAACACCUGUAGGAUAUUUACAUAAAGGUUUAGGUCGUGGUAUUAAACCCGGAUGUUUUUCAACACUAUUAGCUUUAUAUUUGCGAGGCAUGACUGCAACAUUUUCCUUUAAUAAAUCAGGACUUGGUCAUUUUGCGGCUCGUAUUUUAUUAUUGCCAUUUUGUUUGGCAUUGUUAAGUAUUUUGUAUUCACAUUCAAGUCCUGUGCAAUCGAGAAUAUUUUUACAAACAGGAGGCCUUGUUUUCAAUUGUUUAACAUUGUUUUAUAUCGCUGGAAUUGCCACAACAACUUUAUUGUUUCCAGGUUUUCGUGCAAGAUAUUAUCAGGAAAAAAGAGAAGGAUUAUAUGGUGGAGCAAUGUUUUUAACAUCGUAUACACUUUUAAGUCUUCCUUUGAGUUUUAUUUCCACAGCCAUAACCGUUGGAAUUCUAGUGCCUAUUUUAGAGCUAGAUGCUAUUUCAUGGGCUUACACUUCAGGAGUUCUUUGGGCGAGUUACGUAGCUGCAGAACAAAUAACGAUUGCAUUUUUUAUGGUAAUCCAACGACCUCUCACUGGUGCAAUUGCUGUAUUGUAUUUAACGUUGGUUUCUCUGGUCCUUGCUUCUGGUGGAGUUCGAAGUUUACGAAAUCUACCAACUUGGUUAGCAGCUGUUUCAACAGCAUUACCGAUAAGAUAUUCAUCUUUAGCUAUCAAUCAAUUAACCAUUGAUAUGCCAACAUUCUCAAACUUACCAUACAAUGAGAGCCUUUCAUGUCCAGGAAUUCCUGGACUUUGUAGAUAUCCUGACGGUCGUUCUUAUUUAGUUGAAAGAUUUACUCGUGAAGGGGAAAAUAUAUCGCAAGUAUUAAAUGUUGAUUUAAAUUUGCUUAUCUCUUUAGCUUUCGCUCUUGGUCUCGUAAUUUUAAACAGUAUUCUUUAUCUUCUUCCACUUCCCGCAAAAGUUAAGGCUAAAUUUCGUGAAUAAUAAUUUUCAUUAUUUUAUAA